GGCCAUGUUUGAGGAGCCAACCGACAAUUUCUAAAAUGUAGUUGACCAUUUUUCUUAUAGCUACCGAACUAUUUGUUCCUUAUUUUGUUACCUUGCCACCUGGUUGGGGUGAUAUUUAUGUGGAGUUUGUGAUUUAUGAUAUAAUUAUGUGUAUAUGAUGUUAUAUGUCCGACUAGCUUGCUUGCCAGCUAACAGACUGGCUUGCUAACUGCGUUGCUUUGAUCAUGUGAGCACUUUCAGCUGCGUUGAGUCACGGUUCCGAAAGGGUUCUACGCGGCCUGAGUGGGACCAGGACACGCACGGGAACGGCCCGGGAGCAGAAUCACAGGAGCAAAGUUGUCAUUGUCCUCCUACAAGCUGCUGGCCAUGGAGCUUCUGAUGGAUCGCCUGGAGACUGCGGUGUGGCGACUGGAGCAGGUGACGGCGUCCCGAGUCCUGACUGAUGGCGACCACGUCAACGGCAUCGACGGAGCCGUGUGCGAGGGUGUGGACGCCUUCGAUGCGCUCCUCAGAGGUCCGCUGGCAGAAUACCUCAACAUCAGCCGAGCCAUCGGGAGCCAAGUGGAGAAACAUGCGGAGAUGGUCAAUAAAGCCCUGGAGACUCAGAAGACCUUCCUCAAAAUGGCGGCAACACACCAGGAACCUGCGCAGACGGAACUUCGCGACCUCCUCAAGCCCAUCUCCGACCACAUCCAGGAGAUCCAGAGCUUCAGAGACCGAAACCGGGGCAGCGAGCUCUUCAAUCACAUGUCGGCCGUCAGCGAGAGCAUCCCCGCCCUGGGCUGGGUGGCCGUGAACCAGAAGCCGGGUCCUUUUGUCAAGGAGAUGAACGACGCCGCCAUCUUCUACACCAACAGAGUGCUGAAGGACUACAAAGAAACUGACCGUCGCCAUGUGGACUGGGUGCGCUCCUACCUGUCCAUCUGGACUCACAUGCAGACCUUCAUCAAGCAGCAGCACCCAGUAGGACUCAUGUGGAGCAAGACUGGUCCUAUUGCUCCUCCUUCUCUCUUUGAGGCCCCCAGUGCUCCUCCACCCCCUCCUCCUCCUCCUCCUCCACCCCCUCCCCCGGCGUUGUCCGGUGAAGACCCCCGGGCACCAGGCGACGUCUCCUCAGCAUCAUCUGCCCAGCACUCUGCUCUCUUCGCUCAGCUCAACCAGGGCUUGGACAUCACCAAAGGUCUGAAACACGUCCCGGACCAGCAGAAGACCCACAAGAACCCCCAACUGCGCUGCCAGGAAGCACCUGGGGGCCACGGUGCCAAAGCGGACCCCAAGAAGUCCCCCGAGAAGAGCGGCCCCCAGAAGAAGCUCCCCCUGCUGGAGCUGAAGGGCAAGAAGUGGAUGGUGGAACACUUUGAGGAGAGACCAGACCUGCUGAUCCAGGACACGGAGCUCAAACAGGUGGUCUACGUCUUCGGGUGCAACAACUCCACUCUGCACAUUAAAGGGAAGCUCAACUCCAUCAUCAUAGAUAAGUGCCAGAAGAUGGGCGUGGUGUUUGAGAAGGUUGUGGGCAUCGUGGAGGUGAUUAAUUCCAAGGCUGUGCAGUUACAGGUGUUGGGUACAGUGCCGACUAUUUCCAUCAACAAGACAGAGGGUUGCCAGGUGUACCUGAGCCGUGACGCCUUGCAGUGUCAUGUGGUUAGUGCCACCAGCUCAGAGAUGAACGUCCUGGUGCCACAAGGAGACGACGACUACAAAGAAUUUCCAGUUCCAGAACAGUUCCGAACCGUCUGGGAUGGAAACAAGCUGGUGACAGAACCUGCUGAGAUGGCAGCUUGACCAAGUCAUGUGACCACUGAUCCAUGAUGACCAAGUCAUGUGACCACUGAUCCAUGACAUCAUACAUUGACCUUCUCAUUAUUUCAUGACCUUUUAUUUGGCCUUAAUUUAUUAUCAUUAUUAUUAUCAUCAUCAUAUUGUCAUUAUGGAGUAGGACAAAAAAAAUAAUUUAUUCCAAAAUGGAAUGAAUUAAUUUUUUCCCCUCAAAAUUCGACACAAAAUACCCCAUAAUGACGACGUGAAUAAGCUUUCUAUUAUGAUUUUAACAAAUGAAUCAAUUGUAUGAAUAAAAGUGUGUUAGUACUUCUAUACAUGUGAUUUAUUUGUUUUGGAUACAUUUCAAAAAGAUUGUUCACAUCAUUAUGGGGGAGGACACAAAGAAGAUUUAUUCCAAAAAGUCAUUGUAGCCCUCAAAAUUCUGCACACAAUUCCCCUUAAUGACAAUAUUCAAAUGUAUCAGUUUAAUGAGUCAAAAUGUAUUAAUACUUUUAUUAAAUACAUUUUAAUAACAUGCCAUUGUCAUUAUGGGGUAUUGUGGGUAGAAUUUUGAGGACAAAAAUAAUAAGGAAUAAGACUAUAAGAUGAAAAGUAGUUUUCCAGCUAUGCCACUAAAUGAAAGAUGAACACAUUCCUCAGGUUGGAGAACAUUUCAUGAUGUGUUGUUCUUCCUUGUGUGUUGUUCUGCUUCCUUGUGUGUUCUUCUGCUUC